AUGGACAGCACACACAUCGAGACUGCCGCCGCCGGUAUGGCCGCAGCAUCUCCGGUACUGCCCAAGGCACCAUACAAGGACCAGGACGUUCAGGAGGUCGCAGAGAUCAUCCGCAUUUUGGACGAGGCAGUCAAGCAGAAAAAGCGCUCUGCUUUUACCAUCAAGAAAACGCGUUUUACCGUCAGCAACUCCGAAGAUGGAUACUACGUCGACUCAUGGAAGAUGAACGACUGGGACUACAAGCGGCGCGACCUGCCGACAUAUGCACGUGGCCUAUUCACGACCAAGAACAAGCACGGCCAGCCGUCUAUUGCCAUCCGCGGCUACGAUAAGUUCUUCAAUAUCAACGAGGUCCACGAGACUCGGUGGGAAAACAUUGAGGAGCGCACACAGGGGCCCUAUGAGAUCACACUCAAGGAGAACGGUUGUAUCAUCUUCGUGUCUGGCCUUGCCGAUGACACUUUGCUGGUGUGCAGCAAGCACUCCACCGGCGACCGCGGCGACGUCGAGCUGAGUCACUCCAGCGCUGGCGAGGCGCGUAUUCAGAUCCAGCUGGAACGGUUGGGCAAGACGAAGCAGGACCUGGCACGAGAGCUGUACACACGGAACGUCACCGCCGUGGCCGAGCUCUGCGAUGACUCUUUCGAGGAGCACAUUCUCGCCUACGGCCCCGACAAGGCCGGCCUCUACCUGCACGGCAUCAACCUCAACCUGCCAGAGUUCCGGACAUAUCCUAGCAUCUUGGUGCAGGAUUUCGCGGAAAAUUGGGGUUUCAUCAAGACAGAUCUCAAGGUAAUUGAUACUAUAUCCGAAGUGCGGACGUUUCUCGAGUCUGUAGCCGAGACGGGUUCGCACGAUGGGCGCGACGUCGAAGGUUUCGUGAUCCGGUGCCGCAUGUCCCCAAAGCCGGAGUCCAUGCCGUACCAGGAUUGGUUCUUCAAGUACAAGUUCGAGGAGCCGUACCUCAUGUACCGCCAGUGGCGCGAAUGUACCAAGGCGCUGAUCAUGGGACGGACGCCGAGCUACAAGAAGCACCAGGCCAUCACCCAGGAAUACCUCAUGUACGCGCGCAAGCGGAUUGCAGCAGACCCGAAGCUGGGCCGGCAGUACAACAAGAACCACGGCAUCAUCCAGCUGCGCGAAGAUUUCUUGGCGUUCAAGCACCUGAACGGCACCGACGCUGCCAACUUUGAGGAGGUCUACGGCGGCGGUAGCAAAACCGAGGUGACCAAGGACGUGAUUCUCGUACCCAUCGCCACGAUUGGCUGCGGAAAGACGACGCUGGCCAUUGCGCUGGGUCAUCUGUUUGGCUACGGUCACAUCCAGAACGACAACAUUACGGGCACGAAGCGGCCGCCACGGUUUACGCGAAUGGUGCUGGACGAGCUUCAGACCCACCCGGCGGUUGUCGCGGACCGCAACAACGCACAGAAGCAUGAGCGGAAGCAGAUUCUCCACGACGUUAAGCACAUGCAUUUGUCUGCGACUAUGGUUGCGCUCAAUUUUGUUCACGACGAUGUGGAUGCAAUCCGUGCCAUUACGCACGAACGUGUGUUUGCGCGCGGCGACAACCACCAGACGAUCCACGCCGCGACCGACGCCAACAAGGUGGUCGGCAUCAUGGAGGGUUUCAUUCAGCGGUUUGAGCCGCUGGACCUCUCUCGUGCGCCGGAUGAGGGCUUUGAUGCAGUGAUUGACCUGUCCCCGACAGCAGGCAGUCGUGCGAACCUGGAGACGGUGGUUCGCCAGUUGCACAACCUGUAUCCGAACCUGGUCAAGGAGGUGCCGUCUGCCGAGGCGAUGGACGAGGCGAUUGCGGCCGCGAUUGGCAACUACAAUCCUACGCUGCGCCACGAGAUUGUCGACCGUGGCAAGAACAAAGGCCCUUCCCAGACGCCGAAGCAGAACCAGCCACCGAAGGCCGUCGUGAAGAAGAAGCCGCUGGAGUACAUGGCCGUGCACGUCGCGGGCAAGGAUGUUAACGCGCAUCUCGAAAGCACCUUCAAGAACCAGCCGGCCGAUGCCUCUCGCUUCUACAAGCAGCUCAAGCAGACACGCCGCGUGCAGCCCAGCUUCCAUGUGACGCUGAUGCACCGUGCUAGCGCCAAGGAGCGCCCGGAGCUGUGGGACCGGUACCAGAAGCUGCAUGCGGAUGCUGAUGCGGCGGCCGAGGCUGCAGCAGCAGCGGGUGGCCCGACGUACAUUGUGAACGACACACCGCCCGAGGUGGGUGAGGUGGACGUGCAGCUGGAGCGCGUGGUGUUUGAUAACCGGCUGAUGGCAUUUGUGGUACGGUUGGUGAGCAAAGAGGCCGCGGCCGGCGGCGAGGGUGCAGAGGACAACUGGACGUGCAUCAACAAGGUAUUUCACAUCACAGUGGGGACUCGCGACGACAGCGUCAAGCCAAAGGAGAGCAACGACCUGCUGGCCCGCUGGUUAGAGCAGGGCAGCACGGAGACGAACGGCAUUACGGACAUUGUGAUUGAGGGGCAGCCCCUGCUUCACGGUGUUGUGCGUGGCGUUUUGUCCCGUUAA